GAGGUGGGGGUGUAGAUCCUGGGUUCUGGGGGAGCAUGACCUUAGGUCCCCGACUCUUAUCGGGAUUUGGGUCCCCCGGCGAGGCCCUCGCUUACCUGUAUACUUUCCCUUGUCGUCUUCUGUCUGAACUGCUCUCGGGGCUGGGGCCAAAGUUCCCUGGGGUGGGAGGUGCCUGCGUUUGACUUUGCCCAGCACGGAGCAGGGAAUGGGAGCUGAUUCAGCUCUUCCUAGGGGUGGCCCUCCUAGGGCCAGGGAGGGACUUGGCCUCCUGCAGGAGCCCCUCCUGCUACCUGCUGGGCAGGGCCGAGGAAGACUUGGCCAGGCCACACGGCCCGUUAGGGAGCCCCGGGCCUGGAAAGAACCGGUUUGGGCCCGAAAACUUCUCACUGCCCCUUGGCUUCUGGGUGGCCCCAGAAGAUAUGCCUCCUCCAGCUUCAAGGCGGCGGACCUGCAGCUGGAAAUGACACAGAAGCCUCAUAAGAAGCCUGACCCCAGCGAGACCCUGGUGUUCGGGAAGACGUUCACCGACCACAUGCUGAUGGUGGAGUGGUCCGAGAAGAAGGGCUGGAGCCACCCCAGAAUCCAGCCCUUCCACAGCCUCACGCUGCACCCGGCCUGCUCCGCCCUCCACUACUCGCUGCAGGUGGCAUGGCCGCCGGCCUUGGUCCCCGUCGCUCUCUCAUCUCCUCCCUCCCGCGGUGUCUGUCGCCGGGUCCACCUCCCUGGGCCUGCUUCUUGUCCCCCCUUUCCGCGUCUCCGUCGUCUGCUCUCUGAGGCUCCCCAUGUUCCAGGCCCUGUGCUGGCCGAUGGCUGGAGGCUGUGUGGCUGGGACUGCGUCGAGGCGCUGGGAGCCAUGGGCGCUGAGCGGGCACGGAGCAGGGCCGGCGCUGGGUACCUGGAGGCCCCGCUCAGGACGUGUGGAGGAAGGGAGGCCGGACUAGAGCCCUGGCCCCAAGCAGCCGUCCUGGGUCGUGGGUCAUGGGUUGUGGGUCAUGGGGAGCCUGGGGCGGGCUGUGAGCCGGGGAGGAGCAGGCUGGGUCCCUUGCCCGCGGCGACCGCGCUGUCCUCCCCCAGGAACUACGGGCCCACAGUGUUUGUGCAGCAGGAGGCGAAGAAGAAGGGCUGCGAGCAGGUCCUCUGGCUGUACGGGCCCGACCACCAGCUCACCGAGGUGGGCACCAUGAACAUCUUCGUCUACUGGACCCACGAGGACGGGGGUGAGCCCACCCGCCACCCACCCCCGGGAGCCCUGCUGGAGGCGGUGGUGCAGUCCUAG